AUGUCUUUAUCUAUCUAUCUAUCUUUCUAUCUAUCUAUCUAUCUAUCUAUCUAUCUAUCUAUGAGUUUUUUCUUCUCAGAUUUUUCUAGAGGUUUUCUCUUCGCAUUUCCUCUUCAAAGUUUUCUUCUCAGAUUUUCUAGAGGUUUUCUUCUGCAUUUUUCUUCAAAGUUUUCUUCUCAGAUUUUCAGAGGUUUCUUCGCAUUUCUCUUCAAAGUUUUCUUCUCAGAUUUUUCUAGAGGUUUUCUCUUCGCAUUUCCUCUUCAAAGUUUUCUUCUCAGAUUUUUUCUUUUUCUCUUCGCAUUUUUCUUCAAAGUUUUCUUCUCAGAUUUUCUAGAGAGGUUUUCUCUUCGCAUUUCCUCUUCAAAGUUUUCUUCUCAGAUUUUUCUAGAGGUUUUUUCUCUUCGCAUUUCCUCUUCAAAGUUUUCUUCUCAGAUUUUUCUAGAGGUUUUUUCUCUUCGCAUUUCCUCUUCAAAGUUUUCUUCUCAGAUUUUUCUAGAGGUUUUCUUCUUCCUCUUCUCAUUUCCUCUUCAAAGUUUUUUCUUUUCUCAGAUUUUUCUAGGUUGCUCUUCAAAGUUCCUUCUCAAAUUUUCUUCUUUUUUUCUUCAAAUCGAAGUUUUCUUUUCAAAUUUUUCUCGAGAUUUUUUUAUUUCCUCUUCUCAAAUUUUUCGUUUUUUCUCUUCCCAAGAUUUUUCAUUUUCUGUUCUUAAAGCCCCCAUUCCGUUCACUUUUCACUAUGUAUGUCACAUCUUUUCUCCCUCACACAUACUACGCACCCACAUAAACACAUAUCCGCUAUCUCCCUCUCUCUCAUACUUUUUUCUAUAUCUCUCACGCACAUACAUUCUCUCUCUCUCUCUCUCUGUCUAUCUAUCUCUCUCUCUCUCUCUUUCUCUGUGUUUGUCUGUCUGUCUCUCUCUCUCUCUGUUUGUCUCUCUCUCUGUGUCUGUCUCUCUCUCUGUGUCUGUCUGUCUGUCUGUCUCUCUCUCUCUAGCUUCAAUAUGUAUUUCACACCUUUUUUCUCUCCCGCACAAACAUGCCCUCUCUCUCUCUUCAAUAUGUAUCUCACACACUUUUUCUCUCUCUCAGGUACAUACAAGCCACCCCUCUCUCUCUAUCUAUCUCUCUUCAAUAUUAUGUCUCUCACACCUUUUCACACUUUCUCAACGUCUCUCUCUUCAAUAUGUAUCUCACAUAUUUUCUCUCCCCCUCACGCUCAUAUAUUCCCUCCCUCUCUCUCUCUCUAACAUAUUUUCUCUCUCAUAUAUACAUUUCACACACACGCUAACAAUUCCUCUCUCUCUCUCUCUCUCUCUCUCUCUCUCUCUCUCUCUCUCUCUUAAAAUUUUCUCUCUCUCGCACAUACAAUCCCCUCUCUCUUUCUCUCUCUCUUUCUCUCUCUCUUUCUCUCUCUCUCUCACACAUACACCUCACACAUACAAAUCCACUCUCUCUUCGGUAUGUAUCUCGCACCUUUUCUCACUUUCUCCGAGACAUCAUCUAUCUUUCCUCCAUGUGUAUCUGUGUACGCUUCUCCAUAUAAGGGGAUAA